GUCAAAAAUAUCAAAUUCUCAGUUUAUGCUUCAAAACCAAAUUUAUAAGAGGUUUUAAAAAUAGGUUCUUUGUGACGCAAAAUUCCAUGAUGUACAGUAAGGAAAUAGAUGGAUGCAGUUCAAUGCAUGAUUCAUAUAAUUUACCAAUACAUUUCUUGGUAGUCCCAAAAAAUAUUGCGAUCAGGUUGUAAAUCACAGCUGGCCUGGUACAUUGUUGGCUUCCUGCACCCAUUCAGGUUGCACUGUUUCAGUUGCAAUGACUCAAUAUUUUGAACAAAAACGGACAACUGUAACUAAGGCUGGAAAUGUCAAUACAAUCAAAUUAGCAAGGGCAAUGAUCACAAGUCAGUCAUAACGUGGCUAAUAGGCUAGCGCACGUGUCAAACACAAGACCCGCGGGUCGAAUAGGACACACAAACACCAUGACCCAGUCGGAGGAUAAGCACUCACAAGUGGACGGCACAGAUACUGAAAUGGACGUCAUAGACGCUGAAAUGCACUCCAUUGAAAGGUGACUUCCAGCCACUUCACCUUCCCAAACUUUUUGAAUAUGCCAGGACUUCAUGAUGAGCUCCAACAGCACAGACCCUGGCCUCUACCUGACCAUCAGCUCCCCAGGAAUGGGCAUCAUCUACCCAGACACCAACACUCUCCACAGGGACCCCUGGCCAGAGCUAACCAGCCUGGAUGACAAGGACUCCUUUCUCAGUGGCCUCAUCAACCUCACAGGCUCGCUCAAUGAGACGGUGACCGCUCUGACCUACGACCCUCUGGGGGGUCACACAGUGUGGCAGGUGGUUCUCAUUGUCUUCCUCACUGGCCUCCUGUCCCUGGUCACCAUCAUUGGCAACAUCCUGGUGGUGGUAUCCUUCAAGGUCAACCGCCAGCUCAAGACUGUCAACAACUACUUCCUGCUCAGCUUGGCCGUGGCUGACCUCAUCAUCGGGGUCAUCUCCAUGAACCUUUACACCACCUACAUCAUCAUGGGCCAGUGGGCCCUGGGCAACUGGGCCUGUGACCUGUGGCUGGCUAUUGACUAUGUGGCCAGUAACGCAUCCGUCAUGAACUUGCUAGUCAUCAGCUUUGACCGUUACUUCUCCAUCACCCGGCCCCUCACCUACCGCGCCAAGCGGACCACACGGCGGGCUGUCCUGAUGAUUGGCCUGGCCUGGUUCGUGUCCCUGGUCCUUUGGGCCCCAGCCAUCCUGUUCUGGCAGUACUUUGUGGGGGAGCGCACAGUGCCCCAUGAUAAGUGCUACAUCCAGUUCCUCUCAGAGCCCAUCAUUACAUUCUGCACGGCCAUGGCUGCCUUCUACCUGCCUGUCACUAUUAUGAGUGUGCUCUACUGGCGUAUCUACAGGGAGACACAGAACCGCGCGCAGGAGCUGGCUGGCCUGCAGGGCUCAGGGAGCAGAGGCAGGGGAGGGGAGAGGGCUCACUUCGUCCACCACCAGGCUGGUAGUGCCAGGAGCUGCAGCAGCUACGAGCUGACCCAGUCCUCCCAGAGAAAGAGCCCCGGCCGGGCGCUGGCCGCACGCUUCCACUGCUGGCCCAUGAUGCGCUCCUGGAGGCCUGGCAGCACCCGGCCCGGGGAGGGGGACGCUGACCACAGCAGCAGCGACAGCUGGAACAACAACAAUGCCAGGCUGUCAGUGGACCACUCAGGCUCGUCUGAGGACGAGGAGGGAAACGGUAGAGGGAUGAUGCCUCAAGACCAUGCCAUCUUCUCCAUAGUCCUCAACCUGCCAGGGAUGAAGGCAGCCGUCAACUCCCACCUCACCUCCUGCGAGGACCUGGACCUAGCCUCAGAAGAGGACCCCCUAAGGGGGGAGGAGGACAGCCGGGAUGGCCUCUCUACCACCACCACUACUACCACUCCUGAUGGGGCCAACACAGACAACAGCAGCUACCACCAACGCUUCCCCUCCCGGAUAUCCAAAGUCCAGUCCAUGCCUGCCCUACAGGCCACCAGAGUGGGGCCGCUCUCUGGCUCCUCUGCCACCGCCACCAAAUCACCCUCGGCGCCCAUCUCCUUCAAAGACGCAGCUCUAGCCAAGAGAUUCGCCUCCAGGGCGCGGACACAGAUCACCAAGCGCAAGCGCAUGUCUCUGGUGAAGGAGAAGAAGGCGGCACAGACCCUCAGCGCCAUCCUGUUUGCCUUCAUCAUCACAUGGACACCCUACAACAUCAUGGUGCUAGUCAACACCUUCUGUAAAGACUGCAUCCCCGAGGCUCUGUGGGCGCUGGGCUACUGGCUGUGCUACGUCAACAGCACCGUCAACCCCAUGUGCUACGCUCUGUGCAACAAGACCUUCCGCACCACCUUCAAGAUGAUACUUCUCUGUCGCUGGGACCAGCGCAAGCGGCGGAGGAAGCAGCAGUUCCAGGAACGACAGUCCGUAGUGUUCCACAGGAGAAUUCCUAAAGACUCAACGUAGAGGGAUAUAGACCCAGUGGGAAUCUGGUGAUGACGAUGAUGAUGAUGAUGUUAAUGAUGAUGAGUCUGGGAUCUAACAGGACAGUGGAUGGAUGAGGCAUCCUAAAGGUUCUGUCUGUGGUUUUUAACUGCACAGAGAUUCCCAGGGAGGCGGCCAUGUUGUUGCUGUGGUGUCUGAUGUUCUCUGUGGAGCCACGACCUCCACAGUGACAUAUUCCUCUGUUUCUUCAAGAGAGCUCCCGUGGUGAAAGCUUCCUCUAGAUUGUUCCAGUUCUCAGCAUUUCAGAGAAGUGCAGCUGAAAGGACUGACAGUGAAAACCAAUUGAACAAGGGCUUAAAAUGCAAUGAGGGGACAAUUCAAAGUGCAAUUGAUAUCUAGGGAGAUAAUAUGAUAUAAUAUGUGUUAUGGAUUUGGGGUUUUCCAUUUCUUACCAUUUCCUUCUCAGUGGUAGAGCUGUAUCGUACAGAGCAGUUGGGGUUUUCUAAGUAAACUGUACAUCUGUUAUAUCGCAUUGAAAGCCAAGGCCAAAACAUUGUGCGUCAAUAGACUGCAUCGUAUUGAUUUUGAACUCCCUUUUGGCUAACUGAGCUAGAUUUUUUUGUUAUUUUUUACUCUGACUUCUAUACAUUGCCUUCAACUUGGUUAUAGCUUUCUUGUGUCUUAUAAAAUGAGAGAAUUUAAAACAGAACGGUGUCCUAUUUGUGACAACCGGUGUUUCAAAGUUGAUGGUUAUUUUUGUGUAAUAAAUUGGUCUAUAGAUUUUCGUCUAUAGAUUGUGAGCCAGUCUGAAAAUAUUUCUGAGUACCUCAGUGAGCUGGUAUUGUGUUCAAUGUGAGUUGUGGUUUACAUGCUGGAGACAGUAAGUGCAUCAAUUUAUUCAAUUGUUGUUAAUGUACCUGAGGUUUUUGAGUAAUGGUAAUAUGAUAUUUCUUACUUGAUACCUAAUGAUUAAUUGUACGCUGAAGAGAUCAGUCAUUAUGAAUUGUAAUGUUUUGAUUAUUGGAUAAUAUUUGAAAAGGUUUCUCCAUUUCUUCUCACUGGCUGUCCAAAUGUAAUUCCCUAAGUAAAAGAUUGGUCUGUGGUCUCUAGAUGAAGUCUCUAGCUCCUAGAGGAUUUAGCAGUGCCACAGCAGCAUCUGCUGGAUGAAUAGAAUUCUACACUCUAGUAACUUCCAGCUUACUUCCACCAGGGAAAUGCUGUUGUGGGUCCAUAAGACAGUGGGAGAUUCAGUUUUGGAUCAAAGUCUGUCCUCUACUCCGCCGUCCUCCUCUCCUCGGUGACACGGACACCGAAAAGUGGUAGGAGAGUUUCAGUUCAGAGGAUGCUCAGCUGCAUCCUUACACGGAAGAGUUUUGAAAUCUGCCACACCCCCUUUGAAACAGCAGUUGUUUUCUCAGAGGAGAAAAGCAUGCACACAUUUAAAAAAGGAUGUGUUACUUAUCCUUUUAAUAAUAAAAUGUCUAGUUCAACUCGCUACAUGUUUAACACUUUACACUGGUAUUUUGGGAUGACACCUCUGUAAAUAUAAUUUGCAUGAUGAUGCGUUAGAGAGAGGAGAGUCUCAUUUCAUAUAAGCAUCAUGUUUCUACAUUCUCUUCUUGCCUCCUCGCCUCAAUUAUCUAUGAGCUUUUUCUAAAGGAGGUGAGGAGAGGACAGAAUAGAGGAAUCUAGGAAAUCCAACGGAGAUUCUCCCAUAGAAUCCCAUAACUGAGAAUAGGUAUGAAACUUAACAGAAAAUGGUUAGACUAACUUAGCCCUGCUACAUAUGGCAUAUGGAUGGUUAGACUAGCUUAGCCCUGCUACAUAUUGCAUAUGGAUGGUUAGACUAGCUUAGGCCUGCUACAUAUGGCAUAUGGAUGGUUAGACUAGCUUAGGCCUGCUACAUAUGGCAUAUGGAUGGUUAGACUAGCUUAGCCCUGCUACAUAUGGCAUAUGGAUGGUUAGACUAGCUUAGCCCUGCUACAUAUGGCAUAUGGAUGGUUAGACUAGCUUAGCCCUGCUACAUAUGGCAUAUGGAUGGUUAGACUAGCUUAGCCCUGCUACCUAUGGCAUAUGGAGCUGAAAAGUUGUGCUCUUUUCAUCUUACGUCACAAAGCCAGUGAUUUCCAAAAUUGAACAUUUCCGUCAAUUGUACAUCAAGUUAUUUGACCGUGCAAACAGUGUGAUUUAAGGUGAUUUGUCUACAUGUUUUUAAUAAUACCCAGUGCUAAAACAAUGGAAUAGCUCAAUUUUAUGUAUUGUCAUACUAUGUGAUGCACCAUGCUUCAGGCCUGAACCGGAUGAAUACCGUUCUAAAAAGAAAAUAAUAACAACCCGGCUUUUUUUUGUGUAUGGAUUUUGCUGUUUAAGUGUAUGUAUUACACUGAGGUUUGUAAAUGGAUAGUGAAAGCAAAUAACAUACAUGUACCACAGGCAUGUUGAGUGAUGACUAUGUGAUAUUGAGAAGAAUGGCAGAAUGCUACCGUGUGGGGUAACACUUUAUAAUAAUGUUCAGACAGGAACAUUAUUAUAAAGUGUCACCCAGUGGGGUAUGUAAGCCAGAUAAAGAUGAAAAAUGAGAGAAAAUAUUCAGUGUCUGAACUGCCAACGGAUAUUUCUUCUACUUUCAAUACCAUGUGAUACAGUGUUACUAUACUCCUGAUAAAGUGAGGUGUUUGUUUGGGAUGUGAACUACAGUACCUGAAGUAAGAUCAAAUUAAUAGCAAACUAUAACUUUUAUUGUUUUUUUGUUACAUUUCAAGUAUGCUAAUCGUACCCAUGUUUUAAGUGAAUAAACAAAAAAUAUUUUUAUUGACA